CUGGGUCAUGUAUAUGGAAAUACCCAUCCCACCAUCAUCCAGGAAAGCUUCCAACAAUUUGAUAUGAAAGCAGCCACUUGAUCGAGUUUUCCCACUGGAUUGAAUACCAAGAAAUAGAGCACGGCAUUCGAAAAUCCCUACGGCCAAUGGGAACUACAAGAAGCGGGAGUAUGGAGAAUGACUGGAUACUGAUUUCACUGGGCUUUGGAUUGGAGCAAGAGAUGGGCCUUUAACUAAGCUGGGAUGGCCUAAGGGAGAAACUUGGCUGAGGGCUUUAUGCUUUUGGAACGAGAGAUUUGGAUACCACUAAUUAACCGAAACUCGACCACUUGGCAAGAAAAGCGGCCGCCUAUGCCAAUGUGCUACGAACCUACAACCUGUACCUUGGCAGUAUUCAGAACUAGCCGACCAUUCGUUCUACUGCUGAGAAGAGGGCUAACAACUAGGGUGGGGCUCUCACGAAGAUUCAGCUCAGCAUUAUACCUCCAUUCGAACUUGGAUUUCCACCACGUAACGUUCGAAUUUCGUAACGGGGCUUUGCAUAUUUCUUAUCAUUUCAACAUUCAACAUUGGACGAGUACGAACGGCGAUAAUACCACGGGAUUUGGGAUGGAGGGUUACGGGUUUUCUCGACGACGUGUAUAUACUGUGGGGGUCUCAACGGAUGUUUUGAACGGCCGAAACAAACUUUUAGAACUGGAGGGGGGAUCAUUAAACGGUGAGCUUCUCGACUCACACAGCGGAAUUAGCGGAUUUAGAUUUUUCCAAUUUCUCCCUUUUUUGACAUUUUUCUAUUUGGGCUUUAUUUUUGUUGGUUCAAGGGGUGCGAAGCUGGGUAAAAAGUUUCGGGGUGGGCGGCGGUUGGUGGACGGGAAGGCUUGAAGGCGGACCUUUUUGGCUGCCUUAAUCAAGUUUUGGGCAUGGGGGAAUUUUUCUUGGUGUUUUUUGUGUUUUUGUGUGUGUUUUUGUGUGUGUGUUACAAAUUGCAAGGCAUUCAAUGAAGCAUAUUUGAGUUUUUGUUUAGGGAAAUAUGGUUGAGGUCUUUGUUUAAGGCCGUUCUUUUUUUUCACUUGUUAGAAGAUUUCUCUCGUUUUUACUUUCCACCCCCUGUUUAAGGUGAUUUGAACGUAUUUGGGGAGUGUUUGGGUAGAUU